AUGGCUCAAGAUAGCUACACUGAGGUCCUCCGAACUCCCAGCAACUUUGCGACCACAUCGGAAGCCGAGUAUUCCUGCAAAUUCACAAAUCUCUGGUCAGAGGCCAGACACCCCAACUUGUAUCCAGGAAAUGCCCACUGGAGCCCUCCUGUCUUGGGUGCUCAUUCCAAUGGAUACUCCAUGUGGGCUCCUGGGGCUCUUGCCAGCCCAGGCAUCGAAUCUGUGGCAGAGACUGGUGCUGUGGGGACAUUGCUGAAUGAGUUUGUGGCUGCCAAUGAUUUGACAGGCGAUAUUGUCACCGGGGAUGUGACAUUCAACAGGGUAGUCAAUGACCAGGUCCUAGACAACAUUAUCUUUUCUCGCGAGCAUCCCUAUCUUUCCAGCAUUUCAAUGAUUGCUCCAAGCCCUGAUUGGUUCACUGGCUUCUAUGAUUACGAUCCACGCAGUGACAAUGGCAACUCCUGGGCAAGAGAAUUCACUCUCCUUACAUACCCAUGGGACGCUGGAACCGAACAAGGAACUGGAUAUAGACUGGGGAACUCUGCCGAGUCCCCUCACAAGGUUAUUUCCCAGUUCACAAGAGAAACAGUGCCAGAAAAUGGAAUCUUCCUUAGCAGCACAGGCAAUGAAGUGCUUCCAGUUGCAUCAUGGUGUUGCACUUUGGUUACAAACGUGAUGACGCCCUCAGGACCCCGUGUUGGUGGACCAAACCCAGAUAACAUGGACUUUCCCUAA